UUGCUCCGCGAAGGCAGGAGAAAGAGACACACAGAGAAGGGAUCGCACCCCCCCCCCCCUCUGCCUUUUUCUCUUUCCUAAAUGCAACUUUCCGUGCAGCUCGCUGGGAGGCUGGGUGCGGGGGCUCCCUGCAUGGGGGUGCGGACUGAGGGGAACACAGGGGGCUGGAAGGCUGCCCGGGGGGGCUUCUAAUAGCUGCCAGCAGGGGGGCUGCGUUGAUUAGAAACAAUAUCUGCAUUUACCCCCCCCCCCCCCCGCUCACCUUCCAGGGCAGGCCACUGGCGUUCCCGGUGCUUAUUGGGGUGCAGCGGGUAAGAUGGGGGAGCAGCCGGACCUGCAGCGGCUCUGACUGACUGAUCAAUGCGGGAGGCGGACGGGAGCCGGCAGGGUCACAAGCUUGUCCCCCUAUUCUCUGUGGGGGGAGCCCCAAAGCGCGUCCAGAGAGGCCCCCGGUAUGGCAGCGGUGGAGAGACCCAGACUGCGGUAUGGCCUCUCAUUUGCAGAUAUUUUCCUCUCACGGCCUCCCAUUGAGGACCUUUUGUAAGGUGAAGAAGCCGAAGCUUGAACUGAGCCCGGGCUGGGAUAUGACUGGUUACGGUUGCCACAGCAAGGUCUAUAACUCGGGCAAGAACAGCUCCACGUCUGGCCAGCCGGUGCUCAGCCACGCCUCCCUCCUCCAAUCCUACGAGCAGACGGUCAUCUUUCCCACCAGCGCGGGCCACAUUGUGGUAACCUCGUCCAGUAACGGUUCCUCAGCGGCGACGGGGCAAGCACUAGGCGGCCCUCAAACUAACCUGAUGCGGCGCAGCACGGUCAGCCUUCUGGAUACCUACCAGAAGUGCGGGUUGAAGAGGAAGUGUGAAGAGCUGGAAAAUAACAGCAGUGUACAGAUCGUGGACGAGCAUCCCCCCGUCACCCAGAACAAUGCUAGCGGGGCCACUGCGGCUACCACCUCCACCGCCACCUCCAAGAAUAGUGGCUCCAACAGCGAAGGGGAUUACCAGCUGGUGCAACACGAAGUCCUCUGCUCUAUGACUAACACAUAUGAGGUGCUGGAGUUCCUGGGCAGAGGAACCUUUGGUCAAGUGGUGAAAUGCUGGAAGAGGGGAACCAACGAGAUUGUGGCCAUCAAGAUCCUGAAGAACCACCCGUCCUACGCCAGGCAAGGCCAGAUCGAAGUGAGCAUCUUAGCCAGGCUCAGCACGGAAAGCGCCGACGACUACAACUUUGUGAGAGCCUACGAGUGUUUCCAGCACAAGAACCACACCUGCCUGGUCUUUGAGAUGCUGGAGCAGAACCUCUAUGACUUCCUGAAGCAGAACAAAUUCAGCCCGUUGCCCCUCAAGUAUAUCCGGCCGGUGCUGCAGCAGGUGGGAACUGCUCUGAUGAAACUGAAAAGUCUGGGGCUUAUUCACGCCGACUUGAAGCCGGAGAACAUCAUGCUGGUGGAUCCUUCCCGGCAGCCAUACAGGGUCAAGGUUAUAGAUUUUGGUUCUGCGAGCCAUGUGUCAAAAGCGGUCUGCUCCACCUACCUACAGUCCAGAUAUUAUAGGGCUCCUGAGAUUAUCUUGGGGUUACCUUUCUGUGAAGCCAUCGACAUGUGGUCUUUGGGGUGCGUGAUAGCCGAGCUGUUCUUGGGGUGGCCCCUGUACCCCGGAGCGUCGGAAUAUGACCAGAUCCGCUACAUCUCCCAGACGCAGGGUUUACCCGCCGAAUACCUACUGAGCUCCGGCACAAAGACCACCCGUUUCUUUAACAGGGAUGGCGACUCCCCGUACCCGCUGUGGAGGCUCAAGACCCCCGAAGACCACGAGAACGAGACCGGCAUUAAAUCGAAAGAAGCCAGAAAGUACAUCUUCAACUGCUUAGACGACAUGGCGCAGGUGAACAUGGCGUCGGAUCUGGAGGGGAGCGACAUGCUGGUCGAGAAAGCGGACAGGCGGGAGUUCAUCGACCUCCUGAAGAAGAUGCUGACGAUCGACGCGGACAAGAGGAUCACGCCAAUCGAGACGCUGAACCAUCCCUUUGUCACCAUGACGCACCUCCUGGAUUUCCCACAUAGUUCACACGUCAAGUCCUGUUUCCAGAACAUGGAGAUCUGUAAGCGGCGGGUGAAUAUGUACGACACUGUGAACCACAGCAAAACCCCCUUCAUCACGCACGUUGCCCCAAGUACUUCUACCAACCUCACUAUGACCUUCAGCAACCAGCUCAACACUGUGCACAGCCAGCCAACGGCUGCAUCCAUGGCGGCGGUUGCCCAGAGGACUAUGCCCCUUCAGACAGGGACAGCACAGCUCUGUGCCCGGCCAGACCCCUUCCAACAGGCUCUCAUCGUGUGCCCGCCGGCAUUCCAGGGGCUCCAGACCUCUCCUUCCAAGCACGGCGGGUACUCGGUGCGAAUGGAAAACACUGUGCCGCUGGUCACUCAGACAGCUGGCGCUCAGGCUCUGCAGAUCCAGCCUGGGCUCCUCACUCAGGCUUGGCCCAGUGGCACACAGCAGAUCCUUCUUCCACCGGCCUGGCAGCAACUUGCCGGUGUCGCCGCUCAUACCUCAGUUCAACAUGCCACAGUCAUCCCAGACGGCAUGGCAGGCACUCAGCAGUUGGCUGACUGGAGGAACACACAUGCUCAUGGUACCCACUACAAUCCCAUCAUGCAGCAGCCGGCCCUUCUCACCGGUCACGUCACUCUGCCCUCUGCACAGCCAUUAAAUGUGGGCGUGGCGCACGUUAUGAGGCAGCAGCCAACCAGUUCGUCCUCCUCGUCGCGCAAGAAGCAUCACUCGUUAGCGAGGAACAUUUCUGCCUACGAGGUGACCUCCUCUCAGUCGGUAAAUUCCCCCCAGAGAUCAAAACGUGUGAAGGAAAAUACCCCACCUCGCUGCGCGGUGCCCCAGAACACCACCGCCUGCGUCCCGUCUAUCACUUGCGGGUGGGGGGAUAGCGCCGUGGGAGGAUCCCAUAACCGGCAGCGGCAGACAAUCGUCAUUCCUGACACACCCAGCCCGGCCGUGAGCGUCAUCACCAUUAGCAGUGAUACCGACGAGGAGGAGGAGCAGAAGCACGUGGCACCCAGCCUUCCCAAACAGCGAAGGAAUGUAAUCAGCUGUGUUACAGUCCACGACUCUCCCAUCUCUGAUUCCUCGAGCAACACCAGUCCCUAUGCAGCCAGCGGGCAUCGCCGGGGCAACAAUACCAGUGCCGCGGAGAGCAAAUGUCAGACAGGUAACCCCUGCCCGGCCAACCCACGCACCAUUAUUGUGCCGCCUCUAAAGACCCAGCCUAGUGAAGGCCGACUGGAAUGUGAAAGGAAACAGCCAGACACCACCAGCCACCAUAUGUAUAAAGCAAAGUUAUUAUCCUCCGUGGCGUCUGCGUCUCAUUCGUCUGCCAGUUCAGCGGGCACAGCCUAUCGGCACUCUCGAGCACCGGGACACUCCUUCCAGCAGCAGCCGCUCAAUCUCAGUCAGGUGUCUCAGCAUAUCAGCACAGAGCGAACUGGCAGUCACCGGAGACAGCACGCCUAUAUAGCACCCACCCUGGCCCAGGCACCCUACUCCUUCCCGCACAGCAGCCCUAGCCACGGAGCUGUACACCCGCAUCUGGCCGCCGCCGCCCACCUACCGAGCCAACCUCACCUCUACACUUACACUGCCCCCGCGGCGCUGGGUUCCAGCGGCACCGUUGCCCACUUAGUAGCGUCCCAGGGCUCCGCGAGACACGCCGCGUACCCGGCCAGCAUUGUGCCAGUCAGCAUGGCGCAGAGGCUGCUUCCUUCUCCCAGCCUUCACCCAAGCCAGUACCAGGCUCAAUUUGCUCACCAGACUUAUAUCCCGGCCUCCCCGACCUCCACUGUCUACACUGGAUACCCUCUGACCCCACCCAAGGUCAAUCAGUACCCCUAUAUCUAGACCCUGGCAAGGGGGGAGGGAUAAGGGGAGGUUAAAUCAAUUCAAAAUGGAGGACCACUGGGCAUGAAGCAGAGUCUAUGUAGCAGCAGGGUGCUGGAAUCCAUUUCCCUACAUCCCUUCACUUCAGGAGCUUCAUCAGGACCCACAGAUUCAAAUACCCUGUCUGAACUAUGGAUGCUAAUGGCUGUGGAAGCUCCUCCCCCGAGGAGCCAGUGACUGACUAGACUAGAACUGACCCCCCCAAACAGAGACAGGAAACCUCCUCUCACUCGUGUCCACUGGAUUUAACAACCCGCUGCUCUGUUUCGAGGUGGGGGGGGCGGGGUAGUUUCAUAGUGAAUGUCGCUGGGGGGGGGCGGUUCCCCCUAAAGGCUAACUAGAAGUUGAUGUAUUUAUUAAUCUCCGCCUCUGAGUUUCCGAAAACCCAACGGGCUUUUUAUUUUGUUUUGUUUCUGACAUAGCGGGAAAAAACCCCCCUUAGGGGCAGAUACAGAGUUUUUAUAGGUUUUAGGUUUCUACUGUAAUUCUAGAAAGAAAAAAAAAAAACGUUAUUUUUUUCGGUUUUAUUUGAAAGUUUUACAGAAGGAGGGCGUGGCCUCGGGCUCCCCCGACUUUUUUUUUUUCUUUUGUGUUUAAUAAGUGUGUGUGUGUCGGCGGGGGGGGGGGGGGGAGGGUAAGGGGGGUCACUCCACAUACCUCUAAUAACGUUAUCCCCCGCUCGUAUAAACGUAUAUGAGGCUUAUACGUUCGUUUCCCUCGUUCAGCACUAAUUGUCCCCGUUUUUGACAUUUUUCGAGUUUUUUUUUUUCUUAUUCUAAACGUUAACGGUUUUAUCAGGAUAACGGAAUUCUGUGCGUAGGGCGCCUCUUGUCAAAAACCAAAACCGAGCAGCGCGGACUUUUUACAGAGGGAUUAUGGGACGUCGUGAAGGGUUUGGAGUAGGGAACGGAAGCGAGCGAAGGCGGAACCGAGGGAACGGAAGGAGAGAACAAAAUGGCGGAUAACGGAGAGACUGUUGCAAGGACUUUAUAUGGACUCAGCUGCUAACCUCUCACUAUUUCAAGUCACUUUAAAGCCUUUGCUAAAGGAAUUGUCCCUCCCUCCCCACCGUCUGUGCUACAGUGUAGUGCAGUCAGAUGUACCCUGUUUUAUAAGCUUCUCCAAUAGAUCUCUAUUUUCUCCUUUAUCGUUGCGUUGCACACAGUAGCCUAGACUCGUUCUCCCACCCAAUCAAAACACUCAACGGGCAUCAUGUGAUCUAAAAGCAUGUAACUGUGACGGCCCUGGUACGUCUGUGUACGUGUGUUUAUCCGUUAACCUCGCCCCCCAAUUCCGCUCAUAGUGCCUUACAAACCGUUUGAUGGUGUUCGGCAACUUGUGUCCCCCCGGUAUUGUCCCAGUGGUAGAUACCUUACAUUGGAUGCCAUCAUGUCCGUCUCCUGGUGCUCAUUGUUUUGGAUUACAACCCGUGUUUUCCCUCUA